GACCCCCGCCACCCCCGGCCUCCCUCCCCGCCGGGGCGCGGCCUGGCGCCCAGCGCCGCCCCUAAGAUGGCGGCGGCGCUGCUGCAGCGCUGGCGGGCGGGUGGCGGCGGCGGCGGGGUCGCGGUGCUAUGGCGGGUCCCGCGCCGCCAGCGCAGCACUUUCGACGUGGCCGUGGUCGGCGCGGGGAUCGUGGGGCUGGCGUCGGCCCGGGAGCUCGCCCUGCGCCACCCCUCGCUCGCCCUCGCCGUGCUGGAGAAGGAGCCGGAGCUGGCUUGUCACCAGACUGGACAUAACAGCGGUGUGAUUCACAGCGGAAUUUACUACACCCCGGGAUCUCUGAAAGCUAAGCUGUGCGUGCAGGGGGCAGCCCUCUGCUACGAGUACUGUGACCAGAAGGGAAUACCAUAUAAACGGUGUGGGAAGCUAAUUGUGGCCAUUGAACAAGAUGAAAUUCCAAGACUCAAAGCUCUGUACGAAAGAGGGCUGCAGAACAAUGUCCGAGAUCUGAAGUUGAUCGGAGCAAAAGAAAUACAAGCAAAAGAACCCUUCUGCAGGGGUCUGAUGGCCCUUGAUUCUCCAUAUACUGGCAUUGUGAAUUAUAAACAAGUGGCCCAGUCCUAUGCUGAAGACUUCCAGGAAGCAGGUGGGACGAUCUUGACUGAUUUUGAAGUCACAGACAUGGAGAUGGCUAAAGAAGGUUCUUCAGAAAAUGAAGAUGGGCUGCAAUACCCGGUCGUUGUUAGGAACUCUAAGGGUGAGGAAAUCUACUGUCGGCACAUUGUGACCUGUGCAGGACUCUACUCGGACCGCUUGUCUGAAAUAAGUGGGUGCAGCCCUGAACCUCGUAUUGUGCCCUUCCGUGGGGAUUAUUUGGUGCUAAAGCCAGAAAAGUGCUAUAUGGUUAAAGGAAACAUUUAUCCGGUUCCCAAUCCUCGGUUUCCUUUUCUGGGAUUUCAUUUCACACCACGAAUGGAUGGCAGUGUUUGGCUCGGUCCUAAUGCAGUGCUAGCCUUUAAGCGAGAGGGCUACAGAUUGCUUGACUUCAGCACUGCAGACUUUCUGGAUGCUGUUCUGUACAGUGGGUUAUGGAAGCUGGUGCUGAGAAACUUCUCAUACGGACUCAGUGAAAUGUACAGAGCGUGUUUCCUUAGCGCACAGGUGAAGCAACUGCAGCGGUUCAUCCCUGAGGUCACCGUCAAUGAUAUACUCAGGGGUCCAUCUGGAGUGAGAGCCCAAGCGUUGGACAGUGAUGGAAAUUUGGUAGAUGACUUUGUGUUCGACGGAGGCACUGGAGAUAUCGGAAGCAGAAUUCUUCACGUCAGAAAUGCCCCUUCUCCUGCUGCUACCUCCUCCCUUGCCAUCGCAAAAAUGAUUGCGGAUGAAGUGAAGCUAAGGUUUGAAUUGUGAACGACUGACAGGUUCAGUGGUGUUUUACCCCCUCGCAUAUGUGUAGCAGCUUGUCUGCACUGAAUGAACUCUGCAGCCUGUAACGACAAAGAUAAAACAGGCAACUUGUUCCUUGCCAGAUCAGCGCUGGUACAGCUGUGUGCAAAACGAGCCAUUGCAACGUUUGCCUUUGCAAGCCCACAACUUAUCAGCUUCCUGAAUAAAGGAGUUACGAUGCCUGAUAAGAUCUGGUGCUGCACCGACAUCUGCAAGAAACAAGCACGUGGCUAAUUCACGGUGAAGGCUGCCUCACUCACCCGAGCAGGGAGAGCCUGGGGGGCUGGUGCUGGGCGCUCAGCGAGGGUCCCGGGGUGGUCGAGGGCCAUAGGCGGAGCACGAGGAGCCGCUGUGGGUGGGCUGCCCAGGCUGGUUUCUUAUGCCUCCUCCUUGUGCGCUAUAGAGAUGGGCUGAUCCUCUGAAAAACCACAAGUGUGGGGAGGUUCUGGGUGUGCUUUGUCCCUGUCUCUCUUUAAAUUGAUUUGGAGUGUUCAGUCCCCUAACAUAUUAAAAUAGAGAUAGAAGAAUAAGCAGUUUAAGGGCUCUGCAAAUGCGGAAUUAAAGGCUUUAUCAUAGAGUGAAAACAAAAUUCAGAGCCUUCUACGUGAAUGUAGAGUGUUUCAGAGAAAAAUAAGCCUAACAAGGGAUUACCAAAUCCAAGUCAAUUUAGAUAUGUGAUUCAGAUAUGCAGUCUGUCUGAUUUGUCUCUGCUUUUGUAUACAGCUGAAAUCAAAAUGUAUACAUAAACAGUCAUUUUUCAUCUAACCUAAAUUUGGGAAGUCAGCACUGAUCAGGAACUACUUUGGGGGGAGGGGGUGUCUUUUUUUUCCUUUGAAUACUGGUAAUGCAGAAGGAGCUUAUCGUUGCACAGCAUGUUGAGCAAUCCAGUGGAAAUGGCCUUUGUAAAGGCAAAUGUGAAGGGAGGGAAGCUACAGAAACCUGUCCUAAUUGAGUCAUGUUGCGUACUACUUCCCUUAGAGCCCAAACAGCAAUGAGUCAGGAAGGUUUCCCAUUUCCCAGAUGUCUGGCAAGAGGGGAGCUUGGAACAUACUGGUUGCUCUUGUGAACUCUUAUUUGUACUUGAAGCGUUAUCAAAGGUGCACCUGGGAGAGGAUCUGCGUGGAGAGUGUGCUUUGAAAUAGAGCUGUUGAACAAAUUUGGUACUAAGCUAACUGAGUAUCUUGGUGUGUUCUGCAUAAUUGCUGCAAAAAAAAGAAUUACGUGGCCCCAGGGACAAAGUACUUCAGAAUACUUUUAAAGCAGAUGUUCACAGGAUGUUGGGUAAUACAGAUAAUUGUGGGUAGUUUGCUAUCAGGCAAUCUGCCAUACUUUUUUUUUUUUAAGUUACUUUCUGUACUUCUCUGACAUGCAUAAGGGAGCGUGUUAGCAUAGCAGGUCAGGUGUGCAGGCUGAUCUGUUCUCACUGCACAGAGCUGAGCUGCUUUUGAGACAGCAAGGCCUUAACUUAUCUAGGAUUUUUUUUUUUUUGUUUCUUCCUGGUGACAUCUACUUUACUGGAAAAGUGACUCCCAUAUAAGGGCAACCUGGAAAUUCAGAUAAUCAGUUCCCCAAAGAGAAGCUUUGCACAUUAUUUUUAGCUGCAAUAAAACUAGAUGAAGGUUCAGAUGUUCCAAACGCUACGUCGUCGUCCAGCGGUGUAAAAGCUGCAUCUUCGCACUGAAACGGUAGUGUCUUCCCUGCUCCCCAGAAGGGUUGCCUAUCAACAGUAAAUACUACAAAAAGAUUGCAAAAGCAGCUUCCUCCCACACAAGGUGUGGCCCUAACGUGUAUUAACAGAAUAAAGAACAUUAAAAUGUAAAACAGUCACACUAUGGUGAAUCUUAAGUCAGCACAUUUAACUGUACAGCCUUCUGUGCUUUGCAAUCACUUGGUUUCUAUUUUAUUCUCAGGAGAUGAUUAUUUUUCAGGAGAGUUUAGCUGAAGCUUUCAAAAUAUGAGUCUUUAUGUAGAAUUCAGUGAAAUAUUUAUAUUUUUAGAUCUAAAGUUUAUAAGCUUUUAAAAGCAAUUCUGUGAAUUAUGAUAACGGAGUGCAAUACGUACACUGCAUUGCCCACAGAGCAUGAAACUGUAUGAAAUUUUUUUUAAAGACGUCCAGUCACACGGAUGGCUUUAAUCACCUUUUUCUGUUGUCAUUAAAAUUGCAUUUUUUAAAAACU